GUGGCUCCUCUUGCCGCAAGAUUCAACUUGCGAGUUCCCGAGCCCUGUCUUACAGUCAGCUCCGUGGAGAUUUGGCAGGAGGGGCGGGGGGAGUGAGCUUAGAGGUAGUAGCGUGCUGGUGUGGGUGUGUGUGUGGUGGGGAGAAAGGUGGAAUAUAAUCGUGGGGAGGUGGGGAGACCGAGAGAGCAUCCAGUGUUAUCAGUAUAACCGAGGCUUUUUCUGAGGUGGAGUGGGUUGGGAUUUGGGUGGGUUGGGGUAUUAGCCUGACGUCAGGCAGGGACUGAGGGGGUGAGGGUGGGACAGAGUGUCUCAAAGCCAUAUGUGGCUCUUUCCCUCAGGUGGGAAGGAGUGGAACUGUGUUUGUCCCUGAGUUUGAGGCGGGUGGUAAAGCUGCUGGUUUGGUGCGGUGUUGGAUUUUUCGAGGAGGUCUGUCAGAGAGUUUCCCGCGGAUUGAGGAGAAACAGAGAGAGAAAGAGAGAGACAGAUAGCUCCUUUUUCUCCCGCGUGUGCCUCUCUAGCGGACGGGCCCGCCAUGCGCAAUGAAAGCUGCGCUAACAGUACGAAGGUGAUCGCUGGCGCCGGGCCGUCAGCCAGCGCCUUCAUGUUCGUCGCCGGCGUCCUGGGCAAUGUGUUGGCGCUGGUGGUGCUGGCGGUGCACAAGAGGGACCGCCGCAACCAAGUAUCCGUCUUCCACAUCCUGGUGAGCAGCCUGAUCGUCACCGACCUGAUGGGGACCAUGCUCAUCAGCCCCGUGGUGCUGACCGCCUACGCCCGCGGGCUCUCACUCAUCGAGCUCCGGCUCUGCGACUACUGCGCCUUCGCCAUGGCUUUCUUCGGGCUCACCUCCAUGUUCAUCCUGUUCGCCAUGGCCCUUGAGCGCUGCCUGUCCAUUGGCUGCCCUUACUUCUACUCGCGGCAUGCCAGCAGGCACACCGGGCUGGUGGCCAUCCCGCUCAUCUACAUCUUCUGCAUCAUCUUCUGCUCCCUGCCGCUCUUCCAGUUCGGUAAACACACUCAGUACUGCCCGGGGACCUGGUGCUUCAUCAUGAUGCACACCCGCUCGCUGCGGACUGAGCACCGCGUCUACUCCCUGUCCUACGCCAUCCUCAUGAAGGUGCUGAUCGUUUCCAUCUUGCUGUGCAAUGUAUCGGUUAUUGUCAACCUCUGCCGCAUGUACCGGAGGCAAAGGACACGGAGGUGCUCCAGGGCGUCCAACACGAGGAGCGUUCGCGGCUCUCAGGCCGAGGAAGUGGACCACCUGGUUCUUUUAGCCAUCAUGACGAUAACUUUCGUGAUCUGCUCUGUGCCCCUCACGGUUCGUGCAUACAUUGGGGCAAUUUCUCCGAAUGAGCAGAACUAUGCUGCUGACCUUACAGCACUCCGAUGCUUGUCAUUUAACUCAAUAAUUGAUCCUUGGGUUUUUAUUAUUCUGAAUACAUCUGUCGUUAAAAAGACAUUGUCCAAGGUAUUGUGCUGUAAAAUUACAUCUAGAGGACACCAAGUGCAGACUACAGCUUUCAUAAGGAAUGAAACAUUCCAGUAAGAGUCAUUUUGGAGCAGACAGUCCUGAUGCUUUAAUCAUAAUGAAGGUGAUGUUUUCUGAAAUCAAGUGGUCAUCAACCAAUCUGUUUGAAAGAAAUCAGCAUGUGGCAACCUGUACAGAAGACUUGGUCCUUACAAUCAUACAGACACUGACUGCCAAACUUCAUAAGCCUGAAAUAAUAACAGAAAGUGCUGAAGAAAAUCAGCAGGUCUGACAUCAACUGUGCAGAGAGAAAUAUAGUUAAUGUUUCAAGUCCAAUAUGACCCUUCUCCAUAUUUAUGCCAUUUUGACUUUUUUCAUGCAUUUGGGAAAAGAACUUUGAUGUUCAUAUUUUUAAUUUCAGAAAAUGUAAUUGUUGAUACAGUUUAAAUUAUUUUUCUACACAAACGUUUCAAAUUUUUUAGUCUUUUAAAAAGUAUUUAACCUUCCCAUUACCAUUCAGGUUAUUUGAUGUAUCCUUGCUAUGUAUGCAGUUUGUUUCCACAGGUAAAUGUAGAUAUGUGCAUUUUGCUAGAUCUAUGGUAUGAGGAUACUCAAGCUAAAAUCUGCAACACGUGCCAAACUUUAUGAACAAAGUAAACAUAGUUAUUUAUUCUGUUUGUUUUAAACUAAGACUAACUAAUUAAGACUGACUAUUGUCAUUUAUUACCAAGCUGACAUUUGAGUCCGGAGAACAGAAUAGGAUGCACUGUCAUUCAUAGCUGACUAAUGGGUGUCUAUCUCUCUGUGCUGGAACAGAUUCACAAAACAGUCCCAAAUGAAAGCCAACUGAACAGUUGAUAAUUCUUUACCAAUGCCCGGUACCAUACGCAUUUGGAUUCAUCAGAGUUUAGUGCUCUGGAAUGCAGCCAUUAGGCUAAUUAGAUGAGCUUAAAAAAAGUCUACUGACCUGCUAAAAGUACACUUUAUAUAGAUUCCUUUUAUUGUAUAGUUAAAACACCUUUCACUUAGUCAAAAUUUGACUUAUUGUGUAUUUUUUUAAAUUAAAAAGUUAUUGAUUUUGACUUUUUUGUGUUACAAAUGUUCAUUUGGAUAAUUUGCAUGUUUGCUUUUGAAUCCAAAGUUUUGUAGACUUGAUUUAGAACAUUAUAUGCAGUUUAAUAUGGUGAUUCCAGAAUUGCAGAUAUUUUAAAUGAAUUUCAAUUAGCGAAAACAUAGUUUUGCAUAUUAAUUAUAAGUCAUUGAUUUAAUUUAUGGAUUGGGCACUUAAGGAACCAGUCUGUUUCUGAAACCAGCUGAUGGAAUAAGCCUUCAGAUAUGGACAUGAUAAAAUGUUUCAAAUAUACAGUAGACGUUGACUAAAGUUAUUGAAAAUUGGACAUGUGCACUAAAAUAGUACAUCAAAGUAGGAAUGAUACAGGUCUAUCAACUUGCACCUGAAAUUUCAUUAAUGCUGUAUGAUCAUAGAUCAUAGAAUCCCUACAGUGUGGACACAGACCCUUCAGCCCAACAAGUCCAUACUGAUCCUCAAAGCAUCCCACCCAGACCCAUCCCCCUAUAACCCACCAAAUCUACACAUCCCUGAACACUAGGGGCAAUUUAGCAUGGCCAAUCCACCUAACCUGCACAUCUUUGGACUGUGGGAGGAAACCAGAGCACCCAGAGGAAACCCACACAGACACGGGGAGCAUGUGCAAACUCCACACAGACAGUUGCCCGAGGGUGGAAUCAAACCCAGGUUCCUGGCGCAGUGAGACAGCAGUGCUAACCACUGAGCCACCGUGCCACCCCAUUGUUAUAGAGUGUGUUAUAGAGUGAAUAUAUAUUUCUAAUUUUGGUUACACACUGUUUAAUGGAAUCUCUCUAAUGUGUUGUAAACAGAUUUUCUAAUAAACAUGCAGGGAAGC